GUGAAAUUCGAAGCAUGGACAUUAAAAGUAGUUCAUGACAGCUCGUCAUUAUAGUUUGAACAUCGCUGUUAUUUGAGUGUGAACGAGCCUCCGCCGCUGCUAGCUCAGUGUAACUCUCCACCAGGUUAUCAAUAUGGCCUCAUGGAUUAUUCAGAUAACAGUGAUGGUGCUAUCUGUCUUCAUCAGCAGCUGCCAGGGGAAGAAGGACAAGGUGCUGUACUGUUCUGCAUGCAAAGCGAUUGUGGAUGAGCUGAACUACUCGAUCAGUCAGGUGGACCCAAAGAAAACCAUCCACGUCGGCAGCUUUCGACUCAACCCUGAUGGAACCAUGCAGGACAAAAAGGUACCUCUGGCUCGCUCAGAGACUCACCUCAGCGAGCUCCUGGAUGGCGUCUGCAACAGCAUGAGUGACUACGCCAUGUAUGUGGACCCCGACACCCAGGAGAAACAGUACAAGAGGUUUGCUCCCAGGAGCAGCGGGGCCAAAGGGGACUUCCCCGACUUUAAUAACUUCCAGUUUGAUGGACCUGAAGCUUCCAACGCCUUGAAAUUCGCAUGUGAAAGCGUCGUGGAGGAGCUGGAGGAUGAUAUCAUCUCUCUGUUCAGCCAGGACACAGAGCAUGUGCACCAGCAGUUAUGCAACACAGUCUCAGACUACUGUAAAGACAGCGCUCACACAAACGAGGAGUUGUAGUGUCCAUCUCAUAUUUUCAGUGUAAAAAGGUGGGAACAGUUUGUUGUAAUGAUAGAAAAAAAUGGGGCAUUUAAACAAAAUCAUGUUUUUUGACAAAUCAUUUCAAAUCUUUUUAAAUAAAUAAAUGAUAAAUAUUAAGAAAAUA